AUGUCCAAGCGCGCGCACUCGGCGCUCUCGUCGGGCAGUGUGCUCGACACCAUGUUGAGCUCUCUGUCCCGCACGAACGAGUCGACGUUCACGGCGAAGAAGGCGGAGGCGCAGGUGGCGAAGCUCACGGCCGGUCGCGGCCAAACGAUCGCCGUCGACGACAGCUCCGAGGCGCCCGACACGGCCGUUGCGCAGUUUCUGCAGGACAUGCGCGCGGUCAUUGACGACAAGGGCUUUGGCGCGACCGUUGAGGUCGAGCUGCGCCUCGGGCGGAUCACGUCGUGUCUGCAGGAGGCGCGCUGUCGCCCCUCCCAGGACGGCCUCGACGCGGCCAUUGUGCUGUCGGAGACGCAGAUGAAGACGGUCGGGGCCAAGUUCGCCCCGGGCGUGGACGAGGCAGACUACAAGGGCUUUGUGCGCGGCGUAGAGGGUAUGCUGCGCGGCGACGCGUACUCGGAGCACAAGGAGAAGCAGGUCGUGCACAGCAUGGGCCAGUCGAAGCGCGUGGUGCAGGACGUGGACCCCGAGACGGACGUGCGCGGCCCCGCAAUGGUGCAAGUGAAGGAGCGACUGGGCUCGAUCGACAUCUUUAUGCCGCAUUGCCCGUACGACUGCCGCGUGUCGAUCUCGUGCGAGUUUCCCUUGCGCGAGCUCGAAGGCGACAUGAGCGAGAUGCCGGCAGCAGAGACCAUUCGCCACAAGGACCGCGUGUCAGCUGUUGGACGCGACUUGCGCGUCGACCUGACCAGAGUGCUGGAAGAGAGCACGAACAAGAGGCUGUUUGAGGUGGAGGUGGAGCUCUGUGAGCCCGCGGUCAACGGCUGGCUCAGCCAACCCGACGAGAAUGGACAGAGCUGGAAAAGUGCGAUCGAAACGUCGUCGCUCUUGUGGAAAAUGGUCAAGUACUUUAUGCCGAAUGCCGGCCAGGCGUUCAAGCGCCAUUGGGACUUUCCAGGGGCUACCGAGGUGCAGAACGCGUACCAAGGACGACUGGGUGUUCGUGGAAAGUUUAGCGGCACAAUGCCCGUGGGCUUUGCGCGCUGGCACAUUCCGCUGAUACAGAGUCGCGAGUACUUUGUCUCGGAGAAGACGGACGGCGUGCGCUACUUCCUCGUUGUGGCUGGCGGCACUACGGUGCUGAUCGAUCGCUCCAACUCGCCUUUCACUGCCUCCGGGCUGGAUUUGCUCAAGCUGGUGUUGCCCGAAGGCACAGUGCUCGACGGCGAGCUUGUGUUUCACCAGAAAGACAAACGCUACGUGUUUAUUGUGUUUGACAUUAUCGCGACGGGUCCAUCGGCAGAAGACUCACACGUCGACAAGCCGUUUGUGGAGCGUCUUCGUAUCCUGAAUGAUUUUCUGUCGGAAGAUGGUCCAUACGCUUUGGGUAUACGCAAUCUGGACAUCAAUCGCCACGCUAUCAUGCUCAUUCUGCGCAAGAAGUGGGUGCCGCAUCGCCACAUCAUGGACGUGUUUCGUCAGAUCCAGCGCGUGCAAAAGCGCGACCACAGUCUCGGCCGCAUCUACAGUGACGACAAACGUGUGCAUUACACGGACGGAGUAGUGUUUUGCCCCAACACAAAGUACGUGACGAACACCCACCAAGAAUAUCUAAAGUGGAAGUGGUCGGACCUUAUCACGAUCGACUUCAUGGCUACACUCAAUCAGGCAGGCGACGGUGUUCAGCUAUCGUGCGGGGGGCCCCGCAACUCGCUCGUUGAGCUAGACUCAGUGGUGCGCUUGGAUCCCAAAGACGUGCCAGUGGUGCUCAAACUGGUCGCGAGGAUGCCCAACCGCCAAGCCGUGCUGGAAUUCGGCUUCAAUGCCGACAAGGGGUUGUGGAAUUUCAAGUGCGCUCGCCCGGAUAAGGACUGCGCCAACUACAUUCGCACUGUACUCGGCUCGCUGGUGAAUAUGGCCGAAGGCAUUUCGGAGGAAGAGCUGCAGUACCGACUUACGAACCCGAAUGGUCAGGAAUGGAACAACCACAUGAAGCGCUUGCGUCGCUCGCUGCUGGAACCGCCCAAGUGA